AUGAACAAUAACGUCCUUAGAAAUUUGGCUCCUCUAACUUCAGGUUCUCCUCAAUCUUACUCACAACAUCAACAAAUCCAUCCACAACUACAACAACAACAACUACAACAUCAACAACAACUACAACAACUACAACAAUCUUCUACUUCUUCUCAACCACCUACUUCCUUAUCGCAACCUCUAGUCCAACCUGCUUCUCUAAUAACUGCUGCCUCUACAAUCAUGCCAGUUCCUCUAUCAUCAUCUUCAACUAUUCCAAUCUCAUACGACCACCAGGACUCUCGCAUGCAGCCGCGCCACCAUAACCACCACUACACUACAACUAACAACCAUGACGCGUCAUCAUCAUCAUCAUCAUCAUCAUCUACAAUCCGUCCAGGAACAAUCUUGCGAUACUUCCAACCUGUCAAAUCACUAAAACGUAAAGCCUCUUCUCUUGCUGACCCUCCUCACUCUUCUUCCAUCUCUUCUAUUACAACCCCUUCACAUCACCACCCUGCUCAUCUACCCUCACAAACAUUUCUCCCAGAUAUCUCUGCUCACCAACACCAUCAUCACCCAACCGUCUUUGAAGCGAUUCAAGGGUUUGGUGAGAUGUCUAUAGCUGAUGCAGCAGCUGCAGCAGCAGCUGCUGUCACCUCAGCAUUCUCAGACUUACCAGUACCUGUCACCCCAUUAUCACACCCUAGCGACGCGUCUUUGGACCCAGUAUUGGUAGCUGCUUCGUCUACUGCUAUAAGUCAUCAUUCCGAAUUGCAACAACAACAGCAGGAACAGCAGGAACAGCAGGAACAAGAACAAGAUCAGGAACAAGACCAAGACAAAGACCAAAACAAGGAAGAACACCGACAACUACCACCACAGACUACACGAAAAAGAACAAGAUCAGAUACCUAUAGCUCAUCCACACGGUCCACGCGAUCAUCCUCUUCACGAACAACAAGAGCAUCAUCAUCUUCUUCUUCUUCCUCCUCAUCAUCAUCAUCUUUAAUUUCACAACCCUCUUUCCCUUCAUCUAAUUUAAUUUCACAACCCUCUUUCCCCUUAUCAACUCUUUCUUUUACAACCCCUCAUCUAACUUGGGCUCGUCGUAAUAACACUCUACUCAUCACAACAACUACUACCCCAUCACCUAUUCUUCAUCCAGAUUAUACUUCCGGAGCAAAGAAAAUCGCCAUUGCUGCUUUUGAUCUUGAUUCAACCAUUGUCAAAACCCAAUCUCAAACUCCCUUCCCUAAAGAUGGUGCAGAUUGGAUGUGGUUCAAUUCAUUUGUACGCAACAAUAUGCAAACUCUUGUCAAGCACCAACUCAUUAAUAAGUCUCGAAGACAUACUGCCUCCUAUGACUUGUUAUCUCAAGAAUCUGUGUCACCAGUGUUUCGUCGGUUUCUUGCAGAAACAAACCCAGAAAAUGUGCCUUACUUUGUUGCCAUCAUCACCAACCAAGGUGGCGUUAUUAUUAAAGAAGACACUAAACGAUAUGGUCAUUUUAAGGAACGUCUUGAUAGAAUUGCAGCUGCCAUGGAUAUCCCAUUUUGGUGUUACUCUGCAACUCGUGCACCAGCUGUUAAAAAACAACAACAACAACAAACUUCAUCAAAAUCUUCAAAACAAAAGAAAUCAUCUCCACAACCUCAGCCACCUCCGUCACGCAUGCCAAUAAAAGAAAAGGACAUUUACCGUAAGCCCGAAUGUGGCAUGUGGCACGAGCUCAUGGCAGAUGUGAGCCGUAUGGGACUUAAAGUGGAUCACUCGAGAUCCUUUUAUGUGGGCGAUGCUGCUGGUCGUAAAAACGACUUUAGCGAUUCUGAUCGAGAAUUUGCAAAGGCCUUACAAUUAAAGUUUUUCACUCCAGAAGAAUUCUUUAUAAAUGAUAACUUUAGUGUAAACAAGUCAACUAAAAUCUAA